UUCACUCCCACACCACUUGGCAGCGCGCGAAGCCAAUGGCCGCAUAAACGGCCAGAUUGCUCCGUAGCGGGCCAUCCAUUGACUGUAUCUGUUUUGGCCGCAAGCUCUUGAAACACUCGUUUCCGAACCGCACUUGAGCUCGGAAACCUAGCUUUGAACCUUAACAUUCCGCCAUCGUUUUUGAUUCUCGGGCCUCGUCCCCCGCCCUCCCACAACCCCUCCCUCUCUCUUCGUUCCACCUCUCGCUGUCGACCUUGCCAUCAACUACAUAGUACGCGAGUGCACGACGACAACACCAUGCCCGAUCUCAACUCGAUCCCGCCGUCCCCACGCACCCCCGCAGCUCCACCCCAUCGUUCCUCCUCCCAACAGACGUCGGCACCACCCGCACCGGGCUUUUCUUCGCUUAACGUUCUCCCCUCGAACCAGAGCGCCGUGAACGCGUCUGCUUCGUCGAGUCUGCCCUCCCCGACCCUUCUGCCGCCAACAUCAUUUGCAGGGCCUUCGAUGGGCGACAACACUGGCGUAGGGCCAGGCCCGGGACCCCUGCGGCAUCCCCGUCCCCUGACGGCUGCCGACCUCCACCUGCAGCUGGAAAAGGAACAAGAGGCAGUCGUCAACCGCCUCACACGCGAGCUGUCCAUUCUCCGCGCCGCACACAAUGCCUCGGUUGCCUCGAACGCUUCCUCAACCUCGGCCAGCGCCUCGGGUACCGAGCCCGGCCCGUGGGGAGGAGACAUGGCCCAACCCGGCCUAGGCACCAACCACUACCAGCCGAUACGCCACCAGCGCACCUCUUCGAGCGCCAGCGCCCGCAGCCUGGCCGCCAACGCCGGCUCCGUGUCGGCGGCCUCCCUCGCCGGCAUCUCCUCGCCAGCGCCCGUCCGUCCCGCCGCCCAGCCCCCGAUCGCCAUCGGCGGCGUCUCCCUCAGCAGGCAGAACAGCAGCGCCUCGCGCCGCAGCCGCACCGGCUCCCCCUCGCCGGCGCCGCCCUCCCUCUCCGGCAGCUACCCGCACCACGGCCACGAGCCGGGCUCCCUGCCUGGCUACUUCAACGCCCGGGUACCUACGCGCAGCACGCAAUCGGGCGCCAGCACCUCCUCGGCACUGCCCACCCCGGCCUCCGCCACAGCCACGACGACCACCACUGCCGCCACGACGGGGGGCGAGCUGUCCCCCGGCAUCUUGCCGGCCACGUCGCGGUACGAGGAGACGGCAUUGCGACGCGCCGAGCUGGAGGAGUACAAGCGCGAGAACGAGGCCCUGCGCCGCCGCGUCCGGGAGCUGGAGCGUCUGCUGCGGGAAGCAAUGCUCCUCAAGGAGGCCGGCGGCGUUCCGCAACAAGGGCAGCAGCAACAGCAGCAACCGCAGCAGGAGCAGGAGCAGGAGCAGCAGCACGACCAGGAAACGACCAGGCAGAGGGCCGUUAGUGCGGCCAGCGCUACGCGCAGUGCGGUUGGGGUAGGGGUGCCGGAUGAGGAGGUCCGGGUCGGGGAGAGCGCGGCCAGCAGUGCGGUUGGGGCCGGCAGGGGUCGCGCGAGGGCGAGGGAGUGAGCCUCCCGUUACUUUUUAUGUCACGCCUUGAAACUGCCCUCGGCCUCCGUUUUUUUUUUUUUUCCUUUGCUUGGCCGCCUCGUUUUAUAUUUUCUUUCCUACUUUAAUGUCUUUCGUCUGUCUUCCUGCUCUGUUCUUCCCUUCCAACCACCCCAACCAAACUUACGGCGCGGCUUGGAUUAGGACUAGGUUAACUACUGGUAAACGGGACAAAUUGAAAAUCUGUUUCAUGGUUCAAGUCUAUAUUUCUUUGCCAGUCUAAUUAAAUACCCUAGCCAAUUUGCUUGCGCCGCGAAACCCGUACAUUCCAGGUAUGUAUGUACGCCAAGUCCCUCCUAUGCUAAGUACUAUGGUACUCCGUAUGUAUUAUGGGUAAGUUUGACCCCCUGACCUUGUUG